UCUUUAAUAACCCUAAUGAAAGUUAAAAAUAUUAAUUGAAGAUUUAGCGAUACUGAAAUCACGAAUAGAACGUCAAUUGAAGCAUGACCGCUAAAAUCGAUUGAGAAAAUAUUUGUUAUCAAUGUUUGUAAUAUAACAUAAGAAUUUUGUAAAUCUUUACUUUAGUAUUGCUAACAUAAAAUUAUCAAAACUAUCGAUAGGCGCGUCAGAGCUCUACGAUGGCGUGUUUUAUAAAAUGUUAUUAUAUUUGCAAUAUCUUUUUAAAUAAUUAUUGACUUGCCCUUUCCUGUAGUAACUAACUUACUUAUUAAAUAUAGAGAUUAAUUUAAUUUUUUCAACUUGAGACUAGGGAUAAGUAGUUUCGAUAUAUCGAUACGUGAACGUGACUGCUGUGUCAAAUAUAGGCGGGGUCCUUAUACACAUAUGAAUUCGAAUGUUGUUAUCCUCCUCCUUGUAGUCUACAAAAAGAUAUGGUAAUCAAACUACUUGUUCGUUCUCUGGGUUGGAGAUUCGUCUUCGCGCGCGAUCUUUGCGUAUAUGUUAAAAUUUCUAACCUUAAGAAGUGAACAUUUAGAAAAUAUAAAACACACGUAGCGCUGUAAAGUUGCUAGUAUGAUAAAAACCAUAUAAUUUUUACAGUUAGCAGUAUCAAUCGAAAAAAAUUUUGUAAAAAAAUAAUCUGUUUUAUGUAUCAAUAUCUAAUCUAUAGUACGCUGGCAGCGAUUGAGAUUAUGGCAACUUAUCUGCCAUUUUCUCAUAACUAGGAAAGCCCAGGUUGUUGAUAAGUUGUUUAACGAACGUAUAGAAGUAAGUUUGCAGUGAAAAGUAGUGGUUGUAUUAAAGUAUUUAAAAUAAUGAUAUAAAUUACAUAAAGCAUUUUUAAAAUAUACUUAUCAAAAAAUUACAGUUUCUGAUUGCAAAAAUAUUUACGAAUCAUAUUAUACUGUGUUAUAUGACAACUAAUGCUUAGCAUUUCUAAAUAACAAAAAAUUACAUUAAUAAGAAAAGUGUUAUACCAUAUAAACUAAAAGAUAACAUUAAAAUAAUUUUUGAAUGAACAUUUUUUAAUAAUUAUUACGUUAUUUGUCGCUUAUAUAAACAUUUUCCCGCAUCAGACAUGAAUCAGACGGACCGCUUUUGCGCCGAAGAUAACAAGAAAUUAAUAGAACAUCUUAAAAAUAAAGGCAUUAUUAAAUCAUCACUGGUUUUCGAGGCAAUGUGCUUAGUGGACCGAAAAAAAUUUGUCAACAAAUUCAAUCCUUAUAACAAUGCAUAUAUUGACGCCCCUCAAAAUAUAGGUCAUGGUAGAACUAUAAGUGCUCCACACAUGCAUGGCAUGAUCUUCGAAAUUCUUGCAGAAAAAUUGACGACUGCGAAAAAUGUAUUAUGCAUUAGAUGCAGUACAGGAUAUGUAAGUAACUGUAUGUCAAUAAUGAUGGGCCCGUAUGGAACGGUGAUUCACAUAGAAUCUAUACCAGAAUUAAAAGAAAAAAUUAAACAGACUAUUGAAAACGCUCAUCCAUACUUGCUAUGGGGUAAUAGAAUAAAAUUAUUAGAUGUGGAGAAUGAGAGUGCUGGGUAUCCACAACCCAAAGUACGUUAUGAUGUUAUUUACGUUGGGGCAGCAGCCGCAGAAAUACCACAAGCACUGAUUGGCCAACUAGCUUAUGGUGGGCGCCUCGUCAUACCCAUAGGGCCAAAAGACUUACAACAACUCAUGCAAAUCGAUAAGAAUUUAGAUGGAACAAUUGUGAAAAAGACAGUAACUUCCGUUCGAUAUGGAUAUUUGGAUAGUCCUAGGGAAAUCACGAAUGCUAACAAUAAUACAGAAAUAAAAGCAGAAAAUCGCUCAAAUGAAAAAUCAGUACUUAAUUUAAAUAGUAAAAACUUUAAUAAUAUAAUAAUAAGAGAAAAUAUACAAACGCAAUCGCCAACAAAAAUACAAAUUUCGUCGCCAACAAAACCUGCGCAUGAUCACUUUAAUGGCUGCGUGAAAGUAGAUCAAAUAAUAACGGAAAAAUUAGACACUAAAAGUGAUGAAAAAAAUGCACAGCUGAAUGUCAAGAAAAACGAUGACCUUCCAAAUUUUGAAAAAAUACGAGAAAAAUCGAUAUUUGAUACUAGUGGAGAUAAUUAUCUUUUGACUUCUUCUCAUAAAGCGAAGGAAACGGGUUCAUCGAUGAAAAUGCAAACUGCUUCGCUGAGAAUCCCUAUGCAAAAUGAUUCAAAUAGUUGCAUAAAAGAUGAAGUCACAUUACAAGUAACAAAGGAAAAAUUACAGAUUGAAUCUGACCAUAGCACUGAACAGCUAAAUAGCAAGACAUUAAAAGAAAAUUUACAAAAGGCAUGCCAGGAAUUGGCGAGUUUGGAGAAAAAAAUGGAAUCGAGAAAUGAUAAUCAACAAAAUGUUCAAAAGAUAGAAGAUAUAAAAAAUGUGUCGAAUCUAGAAUUAAACAGUGAAUUAGAAACAGCAUCAGAUAAAAUAGAACUAGAAACCACGAUGGAUGAAUUAAUGGCAACACAUGCGGAUAAAUCGACGGUAAAAAAUAUUGAGCAACUGCAUCAGAAAACAAAUUUUGAUAAAUCAGUUGAAAAAUUAAAAACCAACCUUAAAGUAGAAAAUUUACAAAAUUUAUACGUUGAUGAUAUCAUGAAGAAAUUAACGCUUCUAUUGGAUAAAAAAUUAGUAACGAAAAUUGAUGAAAAUCUUAAUGUAAAAAUCGGUUCGAUUGAACGAAGAAUUAUUCUACUAGAAGAUGAGAUAAAGAAAUUCAAUGACAUUAUAAAACAAGAAGCGAAUGAACAAAAAAUAUUUUUAUGCGAAAUGGAUAAGGCUUUGAAAAUAAAAAUAGAAAAACUGAGAAAAAAAAUAGGAUCCGUUGAAAAAGAUAACAAGAUAACGGAAAGAAAAUUGAGUAAUAAAAUAGUCAGAGUCGAAGAGUGCAUGGACGAAAAAAUAAUUGAUGAAGUCGAGGAGCUAAGCAAACGACUAAAAAUGAUAGAAGAAACGAAUGAAUUAUUUGAAAAAGAAAUAAAAAAAUUAUCAAUAGCAUUUGAAGAGCGAUUAUUAAAAGAAAAAGCGGACAUUUACAUGCAGAUUGACGCAGAACUGGAGAAAAAAGAGCAUAGACAAUUAGAUAGCGUGAAAAGCAAUAUAUCCUAUUUAGAAAAAGACAUCGAAAUGUUAAAGAAGAAAUUAACUAACAAGGAAACGAAUAAUAAGGAGCAGUGGCGUUUUAUGGCCUUCCCUAUGAUUAUUACAUUACACGCUACCUAUGCUUUGUUUAAGAACUUAUAUAAAGGUAUUAUUAAAUCUUCAAUUGUUACGAAAACUAUGUGCUUGGUGGAUCGCAAAAAUUAUGUCGGCAGUUCCAAUUGUUUAAACAAUGAACAAUACACCGAUGCACCGCUAAAAAUAAGUCAUAAUAGAACCAUCAGUUCUCCACACAUGCAUGGCAUGAUCUUCGAAAUUCUUGCAGAAAAAUUGUCGACUGCGAAAAAUGUAUUAUGCAUUAGAUGCAAUACAGGAUAUGUAAGUAGCUGUAUGGCAUCAAUGAUGGGACCACAUGGAACUGUAUUUCAUAUAGAAUCUAUACCAGAUUUAAAAGAAAAAGUUAAGAAGACUAUUAAAAAGACUAACCCAUUUUUACUAUGGACUAAAAGAAUGCAGUUAUUAGAUGUGGAGAAUGAGAGUGCUGGGUAUCCGCAACCCAAAGUACGUUAUGAUGUUAUUUACGUUGGGGCAGCAGCCGCAGAAAUACCACAAGCACUGAUUGACCAACUAGCUUAUGGUGGGCGCCUCGUCAUACCCAUAGGGCCAAAAGACUUACAACAACUCAUGCAAAUCGAUAAGAAUUUAGAUGGAACAAUUGUGAAAAAGACAGUAACUUCCGUUCGAUAUGAAUAUUUGGAUAGUCCUAGGGAAAUCACGAAUGCUAACAAUAAUACAGAAAUAAAAGCAGAAAAUGAUUCAAAUAAAACAUCAAUAUCUAAUUUAAAUACUGUAUGCCUAAAUAAUCUAAUAAGUGAAAAGGUACAAACCCAAUCAUCAACAGAAAUACCCAAUAGGUCGCCAACAAAGCCUGUCAAAAAUCACUUCAACAAUAACUGUAUGAAAGAUCACCUUUUGCAAACAAUCGCCGACAAAUUUGAGACUAAAACUGACGAAAUAUACGCACAGCCGAGUGUCAAAGAUCCCGAAGAAAAUGUUCACAAGAUAUUGCAGGAUAUUCGGACGUUAAUGACAAAAUUAGAGUUACAAUACGAUUCACGAAGUGUUGAAAAGAUUAAAGAUACUCAAGAAAAAGCGACAUCUAAUGAUAGAAGUAGUGAAAGCCGCAUUUCUCAUGAAACGAAAAUGCAAAAUACUUCGGCGAUAAAGCCUGUGCAAAAGAAAGAUGAAGUCCUGUCGAUAACAAAGGAGAAAUUAAAUAAUAAAAAUGACGAAGCUGAUACACAGUCAAGUAUCAAGGAAUCCGAAGAAAAUAUUCACAAGACAUUGCAGGAAUCACAGACGUUAGAAGAAAAAUUAGUAUUAGACUCAAAGGAUGAUCCGCGAAAUAUCGAAGAGAUAGAAGAUACGCAAGAAAAAUCAAGACCUGAUUCGAGUAGCGAAAGCCGCAUUUUUCAUGAAAUAAUGAAAGCGCAAUCAUCGGUGAAUGAGUUAAGCAAACAAGCCGUUCGCGUAUACGCACACCGUGUGAAUAUACGCUGUGUCGUGCAUCAUCGUUUCGGAGCACAGCACAUACUCUCCUUGUUCAUACCUCAAAACCUAUUCUGCUCCGGAAUUUUAUUCCCCGAAAAAGAGAAGAAAAUGCAGAUCUGGAGAGUGGUCCUGGUGGGCGCGUUGUGUCUCGGCGCAAGCAACGCCCUAGAAUGCUACGUUUGUAAGAACCAGGAGGGCAACAUCGAGAAGUGCCUGAAUACCAUCAAGACCUGCGAACAAGGAGAGGACACCUGUCUUUCCGAGAUCAAAUGGGGCAGUACACCUUAUUGGAACCAAGGAGCUAAAAAACAGUUUUACAUUUCAAAAAGAUGCUCAACAAAAAGGGAAUGUGAACGCAUCCGUCGUGCCAAUAUGCCAGACUGCUCGCACAUUUGGUACCAGGAUUGGAAGUGCUCCGAAUGCUGUCAAGGAGACAGAUGCAAUUACUACAUAGUGUCUGGCACAGACAAAGUCGGAACAACUGUGAUGAUGUUUUUGUUUCCAUUAUUUGCUAUUUGGAUACUACAAUGAAUGACCGUUUUGGAGAAGAAUUUUACAACUGUUGAAAAUGCCAACUACCAUUCUAUUGGUUAUUAAUGAAAUGGAAUUUGAUUCUAGUUCAUCGAAUUAUCUGUGGUGAGCUUCGAUUCUGAAGCUAUACAAGCCUACAUUACUGAUUUUUCUGGUAAGAAACAUUUAUACACACAACAUGGAAUAAUACAGAGGGUUCUGAAACUACUAAAUAAUUUGAGAAUACAAAGCUAAACUUAUUGAUAAAAUUAUUGAUUAGAUGUUCUGAAAUUCUACAAUGCAAAGUUGUUGAAAUCUCUCAAAGCACGAUUUGACGCAAUUCUAUUCUUAUUAGCAAAUCAUGUAUCAAAUUUAACGUAGGUAUAUUUAAUUCAAAAAGAUCAGUAAAAAGGCUUUUUACCAUUUUUGUCAGUAAGGCCGUUCAAUGUCAUAAAAAUAUGACGCUGUUUAGAAAGUAAAAAUAUCUGCUUGAUUGAACAUUUAUUAAACUGUUACGACUGCGGUUUGUUUUUGUAAGGUUUUUUACGAUUUUCUUUUAACGCGAUUUCUCCAGUUGUCUCUGGUUGUAUCUACUAUUUAUCAGACUAAAUAGAAGAUGUUUAGGAAAAAGAGGUUGGCCACUGAUCUCAAUUGACGAUUGCACAUGCAUGAAUAAGUAAAGAUUUAAUGCAAUCAUAACAAUCUGAAAUCGUCAACAAAGGAAUUUAAAUAAUUUCUAGCGAAAAAAUAACGAAUGUAGUGAUGAAGGUCUUGAUCUAGAUUCAACGCCCUUUCUCGCGAAUUGUAGAGUGUUUGUUUAUUCAAUUAAAAGCAUAUCUACAUUUAUGAGAUUUGGGUCAGGUUUGUUAACCAUAUCACUCCAAGACUAAACUGUAUUAAAUCUUAUAAGUCGAGAUCAUGCACUUUCAAGCAGAUACAGCAUAGUAUUUUAAACAAAUUUUUAGCAUACCGUCAUGCAAAAUUCUUCUGCUAUUGAUUAAGUUUUUAACUGUAAAAGAUCGACUAUAUAGUAAUAAUUUAAUAUUGCAGACAUAUUGUAUAAAGACUAAAGCGAUGAAUUAUAAACUUAUCUACUUUUAAUUGCAUUUUGUACAAAUUUUGUAAUCAAGUCCGUCCAACUUGUUAAGUUAAGAAGAUAAUAUAUGUACAAGUACAAUUUCUUCGUUUCUUUUAAAGAAUCUGUUGAGAGAAUCUCGUUAAAAAUAUUUUAAACGAAUGUACCAUAUAUAUUAUAUAUAUCAAAUUUUUAUAUUCCUGUAUGUAUCGAACAUUAAACAAAACUUCGAUAACGAAAUUUCUCUCGUCGACUUUCUCAUGAUCGAUCACCAUCUGAUAUCCACGAUACUUAAGACCAGCUCCGUUUCCGUCAUCCAUUGCAUUCUUUUCGUUGUUCCCAAAACCGGAAUCCAACGGCUCACCAAGCCCGGUAUGAAUGAACUCAUACGAGUCAUAAAUUAUCUUACAGCCAAACGGCAGCGUAAUUAAGCACAUCACGCGAGCGGAGAUAAUAAAUACACAAGGAUAGUUACGCGAUUGCAUAUAGGUAUGCAGCAGCAGGUGGUGGUAUGUACGCGCGCAUCGCGAGGAUCAUCGCGCAGAUCGGCAAUGUACUUAGUUCCCGAUUUGCGCGCAGAUAUCCGCAGAAUGCGCGAAACCGCCCGGCCGAGUGCAUCGCGAGAGGAAUUUUCGUCAUUUUUUCACUAAAGUGUUGUUUAAUUUUUGAGUUCUAAAGUGUUGUGUGUGCCUCUUUUCUUGUACUUUUUUACUGACAAAUCGAAGCAU